AUGGAGGUUAAGCUAUGGAAUGACAAGCGCGAAAGGGAGAUGUACGAUAGUUUUGCUGACCUUUUUGCGAUUAUAAAGGCCACAGAGAAACUCGAGAGGGCUUAUGUUCGUGACGUUAUUUCACCUAUAGAGUAUGAAACUGAAUGCCAGAAACUAAUUACCCAUUUCAAAACCCUGUCUUCCACAGUGAAAGAUAUUGUCCCGAGCAUUGAGCGGUUUCAUGACACUUAUAAGAUGGAUUGCCCGGCUGCUCUAAACCGCCUUGUGACAUCUGGGGUUCCGGCCACAGUUGAGCAUCGGGUGGCUGCAGCCAUGUCGUCUAACACCUCUGCCUCUAUUGUGGCUGAAUGUGUGCAAAAUUUUAUCACAGCUAUGGACUCGUUAAAAUUGAACAUGGUUGCUGUUGAUCAGGUCUAUCCAUUGUUGUCUGAUUUGUCAGCUUCCCUCAAUAAGCUUACCAUAUUGCCUCCCGAUUUUGAAGGGAAGACGAAGAUGAGGGAAUGGAUCACUAGGCUCUCGAAAAUGGGUGCUGCUGAUGAGCUGACUGAGCAGCAAGCUCGGCAGCUACACUUUGACUUGGAAUCAUCUUACAACUCUUUUAUGGCGGCAUUGCCUACUGCCGGGACUUAG